GCGCCUGAACGACGCCACCAGGAAGGACCAUUCCCCCUACCUUUCAUUGAUCAGAUGCUGGAGAGGUUGGCGGGCCAUGAGUUCUACUGCUUCCUGGAUGGCAUGUCUGGCUACUUCCAGAUUCCCAUCGCGCCAGAGGAUCAGGUAAAGACCACAUUCACCUGCCCCUUCGGUACUUUUGCUUACCGUAGGAUUCCAUUUGGGUUAUGUAAUGCACCCGCGACCUUCCAGAUAUGUAUGCUGGCGAUCUUUGACGGACUAGUUAGAGAGAUCAUGGAAGUCUUCAUGGAUGACUUCUCGGUUUAUGGAGACUCCUUCACUCAUUGUCUCCAUAACCUGGAACUUGUCCUAAAGAGGUGCGACAAGACUAAUCUGGAACUCAAUUGGGAGAAGUGCCAUUUUAUGGUUCGUGAGGGGAUUCUGCUUGGUCACAAGAUCUCCAAGCAGGGUAUCAAGGUGGAUCGCGCGAAGAUAGAGACGAUUAGUAAGCUACCUCCUCCCAUUUCUAUGAAGGGGAUCCGCAGCUUUCCGGGUCAUGCAGGCUUCUACCGGCUCUUCAUCAAGGACUUCUCGAAGAUUGCCUGCCUCCAAUGUAGUUAAAAGCUAUAGUUUAAGCCUAAAAGCUUACGCUUUUAAGUUCUUACCUCCUCCAAUAUAGUAAUUUUCUUUGAAAAAUCUUUUGACACCAUAAGCUUAAUAUAAACUCUUUAAAACCACAAUAUGUGCAUAAAAAAUCCUUAAAAGCUAGCUUUUAGGACGCUUAUAAGAGCUUUUAAUGAUAAUGUUUAUAGAGCGAUUUGGCACGUCGUGCGAUGGUCAAAUGGUUUUUUGUGGAUGAAAAAACUAAAGUGAUCAUGCCGCUGGCUUCAAAAUGAUUCUUUUAACAUGAAUGAUGAUUGAUGUAUUUAUGAGGAGCAUGAUGUUAGUGACAAUAACAACUAUGAUGAUGGCGGUAAUUAAGAUGAUAUGAUUUGGAUGGAAAUGUGGACGUUGCUUCCCAAAUGUAGCAUAAAUCAUGAUCAAUUUUUUUGGGGGGCUUGUGAUGUCCAUAAUAUGAAUAUUUCAGAGUUAUGAUUCAUAUUAGCGUACGAUUCAACUCUUUUUCUAUGUUUAUGAACUUGUUCUGAGUUAGAAUGUACUCUAGUUCAAAAUCUUUUCCAAUUUUCUGUGUGUGGAUCCUAUUAGUCUUUUAAGUUGCUUUUUUACAAUUUCAAUGGUUCAUAUAAACUUACGUUCUUACG